AUGGUCUCCUUUGGUCUUGUUUACACGAGCGUCGCCGUCGUGACAAGCGUCGUCCUCAUCGGGCUCCCCUUCGCGGGGAGAGCCUCUCCGCCCGUCAUCCGUGGGACAAAUCUCCCCGAGCAGGCCGUCUUCGACGAGAUGCACAUGGACAACGCGUCCUACACGUCCUGGAGCGAGGAAGCCGAUCGUCUCUGGGACGCCCUGCUCCCGGACAACGGCGGUUCCGUGCUCGCCACCAACCUCACCAGCGGAUACCACUUUUGGGGCAGGGUGUCCAUGUUCCACCAGCUGCAGUGCCUGAGAGACAUUCGGAAGCAGCUCAAGGCCAUGUCCGGCUCGUGGGACGCGUCUCGGGCCUUGAUGGGCAACAGAGGCUGGGGUUCCGACUACGAGCAGUUUGGGCUCUGUUUCGACUACCUUCGGCAGGGCAUCCUGUGCCACGCCGACACCACGCUGAACCCGGUUGCUUUCAACAGCGAGUGGGCCGACGGCAAAGUGGUGGACGGCAACAUCCUCUGGCACAAAUGCAAAGACAGGAAUGUGUUGUACGGCUGGGCCGAAUUGUCUGGUUUGCCUCGAAACACGAAACUUGCUAAUCCGGCUAUCCAUCAGUCUCCCCUCAUCAAGGAACAACCGAUCGAAGAGUAA